ACUGAAGACGUGACUCAGUUCCUUUUCUCCUGGGGAGCUCUGAGAGGAUACACACCCGGAAAGGCCAACUUAUCCCUCACUUGGGGAUCAAUUCCCUCCAUCAGAAUCCAUUCCUGGUAGAGACACAGAAAUCAUUCAAGGUCAGGUAUUAACAAAGACUGUACUUCACUUACUCCCAAGAUGAGUGAUGAAGAGAUCACUUAUGCAACUGUGAGAUUCCAUAAGUCUUCUUCAGGGUUGCAGAAUGAAAGAAAGCCUGAUGAGGCUAAAGGGCCCAGAGAAGCUGGCCACAGAAAGAGCUCAGUUCCCUGGAACCUCAUUGCAAUACCUCUUGGAAUCUUUUGUUCCAUUCUGGUGGUGACCAUUGCAGUGUUGGUGACACGCAUUUUUCAGCACAGACAAGAGAAACAAGAACAGAAGAAAAUUUUAAACGACCUCAAUCAAAAGUACGACAGCUUGAAAAAUGACAGCUCCUUAAAGGAAAAAAUGUUGAGAAAUAUAUCUCUAGAGUAUGAUGCCCUCAAAGGUCAACUGGACUCCAUCAACAAAAAAUGUUAUGCAAAAACUGAGAUUCUUUUAGCUUGCCCAGAAUUCUCAGUGCUGAGAUUAAAGGCAGAUAUGACUGUUCCUGACUUUUUACUAUUAAAAGAUAUCUAUCAUUAUUAUUUUAAAUGUGUUACAUGUGAUUUGACAGUAACAAAAUUAGGACGUGCCACAGGAGGCUGUGCAUUUCUCAGCUCAACAGGCAUACAAGAUUAUGAUUGUGCUAAACGCCUUGGCUGUAUAUGUGAAAAAAGAGUGGUUAAGUGCAGUCGAAAAAAAGGUCUCAGUUGGCUGCAUAAACCGAGUGAGGAGCUGGAAAGGGAAGAUGACUUUCCAAAAUCUGAUUUAACAAAGCAGAAGCCAUCUUCCUUCCUGAUAAAAAGAGCAGCUUGUGUCAACAGUACUGAUGCUCUCUGA